GCUCGCUCCCUCCGAUAAUGCUUCAACCAUGUUGAAACCUGAUGCACUACGACGCAAAAGGGUAUCCUUUCCUAGUCCAAAUCCCGCUUGGUGCAGCACUUUCGGAGAGAGCGAGGUUCGCGAAAAGGGGCGUGGCACGUGGGGCAUGGUUUAUUUACAGGCAUUUUACAUGGAGUUCUCAAACCAUGUUAUCUAUGAUUCUGCCUUGGGUAUUGAAAUUAAAAUGCCUUUUGUUGAACUCCUAGAAGGUGGUGCAACAGGUCGUUAGUACAUACAGGUGAAUAUCUGUAACUUUUGUUACCUAGGAUAGAAACUUCAGAUCUAGAAGGAGCCUACCGCAAGCCGCAAGUUUCUAUCCUUUCCCCGUUAAACUUUGCUGCCUUCAAAACACUUGUGUUCUACUUGAGAGACUGUAGCAGGCUGCUUAUUCAAGCUUCGUAGGUUUGCCCUGAUAGAAUGGCCACUUCCAAUGACCGGGCAAUUUUGAACAGCAUUAUUAACCCCUUGCUUCCAAGUGAUGAAUUUGUAUCACAUAAUGUUGUGCAAGAUGACACUGCUGACACAGAUGACUCUGAAGGUGUAAAAAUGGCAAAAGAAUUUGAGAAACAAGGGGUUAUAUUUGCUGAAUCUGGUAGAAUGGACCAAGCCUUGGAAAUGUUUGGCAAAGCUGUUGAUUGUUCACCAAUGUGGGCAUCAGCUUAUAAUAAUAGAGCUCAGGCUUUGCGUCUUCUGAAAAGAAAUGAAGAAGCUAUGAAAGAUCUGGAUACAGCCAUAGAACUCAGCCAUGGCAAAGGAAAAGCUGCAUGCCAGGCCUACUGCCAAAGGGCUAUGCUCCACCAUUACACAGGAAAUGAAGAUCUUGCUCUCAUGGAUUGGGAAUCUGCUAGUAACCUUGGGAGUCAAUUUGCUAAGAAUCAGCUUACUCAAAAGAAUCCAUAUGCUGCUCUAUGCAAUAAAAUGUUACAUGAUGUUUUUAAUAAUCUCAGGCAAGGGACCCAGAUUAAGUAAUUACCUACUAAUUAGGUAAUAUGAUGCUCAAUUAUCAAAACGUAAGAUUUAACGAUAAAUGUUCCAUAACGAAUCUCUAAAUAGGCGAUGGAGAGAAUAGUAAUGUGUAUUCGACCUAGUUGGUAAGCGGUGUACCUUGAUAUUACUUGUAUCAAUCUAUAUUUUGGAUGUUAAAAUUAUAAAUAAACGUUUAAACAAG